AUGUCGCUGAGCUUGGGCAGCGGCACGAGCAAGACCUGCAGCACGGUUAGACUCGAAAUUCUGGAGUUACAAUUAGCCUCACACGCUUCACGAACCCCAGCAGGAGGUAGUCGCUGGCUUGAUAUUCAUCUAUGGCUUCAACGGCGCCUCGCUGAGUACUUGAGCCAAAAUGGAGGUUUGUCUCCUUUUGGGCCACAGGACUGGCUUCCCAAAGACGACGCUUUCCAAGACGUUAGGCUCAACACCUUCGGCCACCUAUCAGGCCUGAGCCACAACCCGACUCUCAACGUUACGGGUUUUGUGCGAUGUCGACUUGAAGAUAUUCACGACUUUCCGGGUAUCACUCGUGGGGAAGUGUAA